CCGGCCGUUUUCGCCUCGGUCGACUUGCCGUGACGCUAAACUAACGCGAACACCACGAUUCGAGCAAAACUGUUUACGGCCGACAAAGCCCGAUAGCUGUGUAUAUACAUACACCGACCCACCCCGUACGCUACCCAAUCUCCAAAAUGCAUUUCGAAGCUUCACCAGGCUCGUCGCCAUCCAAGUCGAUACCCAUCAGUAUCUCACCCAGGAACAUGGCUUCGCCCACAGGAUCUCUUUACAGCAACUACUCCAUGGAGUCGAACUCUCGCCGCGGCUCUUCAUGUGCCUACCCUUCAUGGCCUACUGGUCCUUCACUAGAGUAUCGCAACCCAUCAUCGUACAUCAGCGACGAGGACCUCUUCGGCGAAGAUUUCGAGGACGAGUACUGCCCCAUCCUCAAGAAGGCACCAGCGCCACCACGAGUUCCUCCUAUGGCUCAGGCAUUCCCAGUGCUCCCUCCUCUUUACGCUCAGAAGAAGCCCAAGACUCAGCGUAGGCGCAGCAGCGGAAAGCAGCGCCGCACCUCGACGCCUAUGACUCCUAUCAGCGAGUCGCCUGAGCAGGUCGAGUAAAGAACAACAGAGAAACGUCAUCGCUACAAUUCAUUGUUGACACCUACGUCACUGUGUAGCGCGCGCCUUGUGCCGCGCCUCAUUCACAUAUCCGUGGCCGAAAGCAUCAGCCACAGCACAGCCAUACCCCAACCGGCACAUCCCUUUUGGGAUUGCCGGUACUCAUGAAGACUGAUUGGUCU